AUGACGUUCAGCUCCGAUACAAACUUGCUUACUCUAAAACCAAACUUGAAUGGUACUUUGAAAACAGACAUGAGACCUAUCGUGUACACACGGGAGCUUCUCAGAGACCAUGGUAUAAGUAGUUACCUGGUUAUAGCAUGGUAUAUGCGAUCAGAGUACCGACAACUCGGGCAACAACUUCACAACUCGAUUCAGAGUGUCCACACACCGAAUGAUCGAAGAGCAGCGAUCGUGAAAAUUGCCGAUUACCUAGGGUAUGACUUAAAUGAUGAUAAAAUUAAUAAAAUAACAGAUCACUGUUCGUUCAAGAACAUGAAGAAAGCAUCUCUAAUGGAACCAUCAGUAAGAAAAGGCAUUGUUGGCGACUGGAAAAACGUUUUCACUGUAGCUGAAAAUGAGGCCUUUGAGAGGAUAUACAACGAAAAAAUGAAAGGCACAGGCUUAUCGUUUGAGUGGUAA